CCAGAAAUACCAACGUUUGUUUUUAUUGUCUAUCCUCUGACUCUACUGGGUUUAUAUUUAGUCCAGAAAUGAUCAGCAUUUGCAGAAGCGCAUCACUUUGCUGGAAGAGAGACUCAAAAUAGCAAAAGGAAGUCCUCAAUAGUUACACUCUUUACCAGGUUUACGGAGGCUUUUUACUGUUUAAAGAGGAAAUGGCGUGCCACGAAAAUGAAAGUGAGGGAGUAAGUCCAAGAAUUUCAUUUUCUUUCAACCUCUCGGUAACUGACAGAACCUGGUCGGAGAAGCCAAAGAGAGAAAACGGAAUCAGUACCAAAUAUGCCAAAGAAUUUGAGUUUUGCACAGUAAAUAACUGCAUCAAAACCCUGUCAUAUGCCGAUGAAUUGUUCGUAGACGGCAAAAUUCGGCCUCCAGGUCGCGGUCUCGAAUCUCAGCGAAAAAACGUGACUCGUCAUCUGAGUCUUGAAAAAUCCAGGCCCUCUUCACCGGUUCGAUUUGCAUCCUUUCCUCCUUCAAAAUCGGAAAGUGCAGCCAGGAAGCGCAGACAAAAGCCGGCCGGCAGGUGCAUAAAUUACUAUUUGUGCAUUUUUCCAUUUUCUCGGCGUAAAUCGAAAACAAAAGAGUUUAAACCCAACUCAACAGUAACAAAGCCACCGGAAUUCGGCAAAGCCAUAACAGGUGCCUACAGCUCUCCUUCCUAUGCAAGGAAUGGGAAAUUAAUGGAGUCUUACAGUCCCAAAGCCUUACAGAAUAACUCCCUGCCCAAUAUUUCAGGGGUAAAUAUGAAAGUGAGUCCAUUACUGAAUAUUAGCCCUGCCCUCUUUGGCUUAAAUGCCUUCUCCAAAAAAGAAGGCAGGAACUCUCUUCAUUCUUUCUCUGCUGGCUACAUAGAUAGAUAAAUAUGAACGUAGAACUGAAUAUCUUAUUUUAUUGGUGCUCCUGUAGAUUAAAUCCAUUUCCUUUCAAAAGUUUUGUACUGUCACUCGCACAAUUCUGUAUUCACAAGAAACUUGGGUUGGAGUGAAUAGGUGUUCAGUGUAAC